UGUGUGUUGUGCAUGUGACUUUAGAGUUUAGAGUAGCAAUGGCAUGAGGCAUGAGGCAUGAGGCAUGAGGCAUGAGAAUAAGGCAUUUAUUUUUGAGCAAUUAAUGCGAGUGUUGGGUUUUUUAUCCGAGUCCCACUCCCACCUCACAGCUCACACACACGUCUCGUUUCUACCGCCAUUUAUUAAUUCCUCUCCUGCGUCGUUCCUGCAAUGCGCUAAAAGACAAGAAGAAGAAGAACAACAUUGGAUGGCAGCGACAACUACAACUUUCCUCAAACUUCAAAACCAGCCCACCAAGCCCAAACGACGCAAGUAUCGCCAAACCACCAUCUCAGCUUCCGCCUCUCCAAACAACACCGAACCUCAACCCGAACCUGCAUUGCCCCAAUCUCCCUCCGCAUACACCCACAGGAUCCCAACAAUGGACUUCGCCCAUUCCUCCCCAACGGCCAACGGCCACCACUCGGCCCAGCCCCAGCAGGCCCAGGCCCAGGCCCAGGCCCAGGACCCCUUCCCCUCCAGCUUCUCCAAGUUCAACUCCGCCCUCACCGCGGGCCUCCUCAACCCAAUGUCCCCCCCGCCCGACAAGACCCGAUCGAGCCCAACCCUCUUCGAAAUGAUGGCCAGCGAGCCCGACAUCCACCACCGCCCCAACCAGAUCCCUCCCAACAACACCGCCGCCUCCUCCCUCCAGAAGCCCCAAAUUCAGGUCCUCGAUCGCCACGCUCUCAUGAUGCAGCGCAUUUCGGACCUCCUCGGCUCUCGCAGCCCCGGUAACCAGUUCAACGACGCCGUUUCCAGCGACAUCAAGCUCACUCUUAGCUCCAAAGAUGGAAUUACCGUCUCCAUGAAUGUCCAUCGCCAAAUCCUCGUCGCCCAUAGUAGAUUCUUCUCCGUCAAGCUCUCCGAUCGCUGGACCAAGCACCAGCAACAGCGCUCGCCGGUGCCCUACGAAGUUGAAAUCGCCGAUUGCGAUGACGUCGAGGUCUACAUCGAGACUUUGAGGUUGAUGUAUUGUAAGGAUCUUAGGAAGAAGCUCAUGAGGGAAGAUGUCUCCAGAGUUCUCGGUAUCUUGAAGGUUUCGGCUGCGAUUGGGUUUGAUGCUGGGGUUUUGUCUUGUUUGGAGUACUUGGAAGCGGCACCGUGGGCGGAGGAUGAGGAGGAGAAGGUGGCGUCACUGCUGUCUGAGCUUCGUCUUGAAGCAGUUGGAGCUGGGGAGGUUUUGAAGAGGGUUUCGACGGAUGUUGCUAAUGGAAAUGAAGAGGGGAGUGAUAAUGAGGAGGUUCUUCUUAAGCUUAUUCGUGUGGUUCUUGAAGGGAAGGAUGAGAAGGCCAGGCGGGAGAUGAAAGGGUUAGUGUCAAAGAUGCUGCGUGAGAAUUCUUCUCAGAAUGAUCUUCGGAAGGAGUCAUUGUACUUAGCGUGUGAUGACUGCCUGCAAUUACUUCGUCGCCACUUUUUGCAGGCUGCUGCUUCAGACCUGCAGGAUGUGAGUCAAAUUGCCCGACAAGCGGAUAAUUUGCAUUGGAUUUUGGAUAUUUUAGUUGACAGACAGAUUGCUGAGGAUUUCCUGAAGACAUGGGCGUCUCAAUCAGAUUUAGCUGAAGCUCAUUCUAAAGUGCCAGCAGUUCACAGGUUUGAGGUUAGCAGGGUUACAGCAAGGUUGUUUGUGGGAAUCGGGAAAGGACAAUUGUUGGCUUCUAAAGAUGUCAGGUGUUUGCUUCUAAAAACAUGGCUGGUGCCCUUUUAUGAUGACUUUGGUUGGAUGAGAAGGGCAUCCAAGGGGCUUGAUAGGCAUCUAAUUGAGGAUGGUCUUAGUAACACGAUUCUCACUCUGCCACUCUCCUGGCAACAGGAAAUUUUGCUUGCUUGGUUUAACCGUUUCUUGAAUUCUGGUGAAGAUUGCCCAAAUAUUCAAAGAGGGUUUGAAGUUUGGUGGAGAAGGGCUUUUUGGAAGAGGAAUGGAGAGCAAGAACGGACAAGACAAUUACGAAUUACAACUACAUCAGCUGAGAACCCUUGAUGACAGAUUGUUCCACGGUGGAAGAAGUGGCAGCAAAUUACUGGUUUCAUUGAAGAAAUAUAAGUUUCUAACCGUUCAAUGUAAACUCCUGGGCACGAGUUCAAGGUAGUUGAAUGCUGUGAAGGUAUGGUUGGCCUUCAAUUUUCCAACUUCCUAAGGUGAGCCAAAUUUACCAAGUUCAGCAACUCGUGGCAGGUUAAGUUGUUCCAUUGAGUUAAUGGAAGUUUCAACAUGAGGAUAAUUUUUUUUACGGUAGAGCAUCGAAUAGCUUUGAAUGCAAGGCAAAUGACGUUGACGAGGAUGAAUAUAUGCUUAAAUAUCUUCCUUGCAAAUUAGUUUAUGUUGAUUAUUGAAUAUAUUCAAUCGGUUGUGUUAUAUGGGAAUAACUUCAAUGGAGGUUUAACUGUGGGAAUAUAAUUUGUUUCUUUACUGAGGAUUGCGGAUUCUUUUUAUAUUUCUUGCUUUUCAACAAAAAGUAUGAGAUUCGAAACCUCCACCA